AUGCAGGUCGGCCCUUACCACCUCCUCAUCCGCCAGCGCCCGGCCGCCAGCGGCGCCGCGCGCCACCUGGCAGAGGGGCCCCGCGUCGAGUGGCCGCAGGACGACGAGGAGGACGCCGCCGCGGCGGCUGCCGGGCAGCUGCCGGACCUUUCGAACGUGGGCCUGGUGGUGUGGAGCAGCGGCUACGUGCUGGCGGACCUGCUGCUUCGACGGCCGCCGCUGGGGGCGUGGCCGGGGGUGACAGUGCUGGAGCUGGGAUCAGGCACAGGUGUGUGCGGCAUGUUUCUUGCAGCCGCGGGCGCGAGGGCGCUGCUGACGGACCUGCCCCACAUAACCCCUCUCACGCGCGACAAUGUCGCCGCCAACUGCGGCGGCGGCGCCGGCGGGAGCGGCGCCGCGGGCGCGCCGCUCGUCGUGGACUUUGCGUGGGGCGAGCCCGCCAGGGCGCUGCGCGAGCGGGCGGCCGCGGCGGCGGCAGCGUCGGGCGCCUCGUGGUGGCGGCAGCGCCUGCAGCAGACGCCGCAGGGGCUCCCGGACCUGCAGCCAGAUCAGCGGCCAGAUGGGGGGUUGUCAGAUCACGAACGUGGCAUUAUGACGUUUGAUCUGAUCGUCGCCGCGGACGUCCUCUAUGAGCCAAGGGGCCACGCCCCUCUGCUGCAGAGCCUGCAGGAGCUGUCCUCGCCACACACGCAGGUGUACAUCUCGUACCGCCGCCGCGGCAUGGGCGAGGAGGGCUUCGCGGCGGCCGCAGCCGGCGCGGGCUGGGCCGUGCAGGAGGUGCCUCUUGAACUUCUGCACGCGGAGUUCCAGGGCGGCGAGUACCGUGUGAUGGCCCUGUGCCAGCUGUAA